AUGUUGGGAGAGAGGAGCACGGAGAGGAGGUUUAAUGAGUCGCUCCAACAGCAGCAACCUAGGAAGCAGGACGAACAGUGCCCGGAGAAGGAGCAGCAGCAGGAGCAACAGGGGGAGCGACAGGAGAGGCAGGAGAAGGAGCAGCAGCAGGAGCAACAGGAGGGGCAAGGGCAGGAGGAGGAGCAACAUCAGGAGCAGCUGGAGGAAAAGCGCCUGACGCAUAAUCAUCGCCUGGAGGGUAGGCCGUUAGGAAUUUCUCACAAGCCCGCAGGCCCAAUCUCAAGCUCUCGUGCACGCCUAGUUUCAUGGCGUACUGGCGCAAGCCAAUGCCUAAAAAUCGGCUCUGCGGGCUUUAGGCUCUUAGAGGAAAAUGAACCGGACGGUUCUCAGACAGUUGCUGAGCUGCAAGGGCCUGUGGUAACCACAGAUGCGGAGGUUACCGAAGGCGGGACUGAGGAUGGGGAGGCUAGCGACCUUAGGACUGGUAUGGUUAGGGAGGAGGGAGGAAGGGGGGAGCGGAGAGGAGGGGGGAGAAGAGAGGAGGAGAGAGGAGGGGCGGAGAGAGCGGAGGCGAACAGAAGAGGGGAGGAGAGAGGAGGGGCAGAGAGAGGAAGGGCGGAGAGAGGAGGUGUGGAAAGAGGUACUGGGAUGGAGAGAGGGGUAGAGGCGGAAAGAGGGGAGGGAAGGGAGAAUGGGUUGGGGGUAGCGCGAGGGGUGGGAUCUGGGAACGGGGUAGGGGUGGAAAAUGGGGUAUGGGCGGGGAGAGGUGCAGGUAUGGAAAAUGCAGCUGACGUGAUAAGGGCAUCAGAGGAAGGGAGAGGGGGGGGCAGGGAAGGGAGAUGGGGAGGAGAGGAGGUGUUAAGGGUUGAUAGGAAUUGGGGGGAUUUGAGAGGUAGCUGGGGAGAAGCUGGGUUGCUGUGGCGGAAGGGAGGAAGAGGAGGGAGAGGAGGGGGAGGAGAAGAGGCGGAGGAGGAGUUGGGGGAGGAGGAGGAAGCUGUUGCAGGGUUCAGCCAGGAGGAGCGCUGUGUGUGGAGGGGUAGGGAGAGACCAGGAACAGUAGGUGGCGUUGGGCGAGGUGGAGGGUGUGGAUUAGAGGAGGGGGGAGGAGGAGGAGGAGGAGGAGGAGGAGGAGGAGGAGGAGGAGGAGGAGGAGGAGGAGGAGGAGGAGGAGGAGGAGGAGGAGGAGGAGGAGGGGGGGGGGGGGGAGGGGGAGGAGGGGGAGGAUGGGGAGCCGUAGGAGAAGGGGGUGAAGCACACGCAGCUGGCGAGAGAGGGAAUGGUUUCCCCCGGGCGAGGUCUCCCAUACCAAAGCAGAUUUCGCUCUGGCAAUCCACAGGCAGAAACCGAGCCAAGCCGCGCGCAGGCUCGGCAGGAGGUCCGGGUCUAGGCCUGGAACUAGGUCUGGGAGUCGCCCUGGAGCCAGGUGCAGCAUCGUUCCAAGUAGAAAGGAGAAUCCCCCAGGAAAUCUCCACUCUGGAUUUCCAUGCAGGUGUGACAGCUGCUAUAGCUGCUAGGGGUGGGCUUGCAUCUGUCUCUGCAGCUGUGGCUGCCCGUGUGUCCUCCCCCACGUCUACUGUUGCCGCUGGGGUGUCUGUUUCAUCCCCUGCUUCCUCCCUUGCCUCUCAGCUGCCUUUCCUUGGCCGAGGGUCGUCUCUGCAUGGGAUUGAGUGGGGGAGAGAGGUGAGGGAUGGGAGGGAUUGGAGAGGUGGGAGAGGAGGGAGGGAGGAGAGGGAGGGGAGGGAAGUGCGAGGAGGGAGGGAGGAGAGGGAAGAGAGGGAAGAGGGGGAGGAGAGGGAAGGGGAGGAGGAGUGGGUAGUGAUGGAACAGAGGGAAGGGGAGGAAGGAGAUGAGGGGAGGGUAGGAAAGGGCGAGCAACAGCAGCAGCCACGCCAAAAGCAGGAGGAGGGACGUGCAGAGGGAUUUGAGAUGCUCAGCUUGCAGCAAGGUGAAUAUCCACAGGUGCAGCAGCAGCAGCAGCAGACGCAUCAAGGGGGGCUGGUAGGAGCUGAAGCAGGGUCAACAGGGGCUCCAGCAGCCAUUGCCACGCCAGCACGCCUUGAAGCGCAAGCCUUGCCUACCUCCCUACCUCCACUCCCCCAAACCUCGCCUCGAGGCUUGGGCCGAAGCGCGGACAGGUUCGGUGCCGAGCCUCGGCCUCUGGUUAGCACAGCAACAGGUCGGGAUGUUUCUCCCCGACCACCCAGGAUCGAAACCAAGGGAAGUCAACUGUACCCAGGUGCUUUUCAAGGGAGUGCUUCUAAAGGAUGUGCUUAUAACGGGGAUGCAUUCAAAGGAGCUGCUUUUAAGGGGGAUGCUUCCAAAGGAAGUGGUUUCAAAGGGGUGAGCUCGACCCCUGGUGGGCAGUGGUUUGCACGAUUGAUCAAGCCUAAGGCUUCUGUUGGAGGGAAUAGGAUCAUAGGAAAGGGAGGAGACAGAGGAGGAGCAGACCGACCAGGAGCAGACCGACCAGGAGCAGACCGACCAGGAGCAGACCGACCAGGAGCAGAAAUACCGGAACCUCGUGGGAUGUCUCAGUGCCAACCCCUCAAAGCCUCUCCCAGUCCUCUCACCCUUCUUCAGUAUCAGAAACACUCGUCAGCAAGGGAUGAUAGGGCUGAUAGGGUUGAUAAGACUGAGAAGGUGGACAGAGCUGAGGGGGCGGACAGGGGGGACAGACAGAGAGCAGAAGCUCCAGAGUCCCGUGCAGUCUCCCCCCGUCCUCUCUCCCUCCUUCAGUAUCAGAGGCUCUCGGGCUCGGGAGCAAGGGCUGUAGCAGGAGGACCAGCUAUAGCGGUACCUACGCCAGGAGCAACAAUGGGGGCGGCUGUAGCAGGAAGAGCAGCUGCAGCAGGUGUGCCGGGAGCCACGGCGGGAGAAGCUGUUUUAGGUUCUGCUAUGCUGGGAUCGGCUGGAAAUCCUAACUCUAAUAUGAGACCUGCUGCUUUGCUGGGAGCCGCUGGGAACCCUGACCUUAAUCCGAGGCCCACGACAAACCCCAACUCGGCCUUACGGCUUUGGUCAACCCAUAUCCCUGACUUGGGCACCUUGCGAAACCCUAAUCUGACUGCUCGGGCGGAUUUGGGCAAGCAGGCAAUUAGUGCUGGUGUUGGUGCAAGUGCAGUGAUGGGUGGUGGCGGUGGCGGUGCUGCUGCUGCUGUCGCUGCUGGCGCUGCUGCUGCAGCUCCUGCUGCUGCUGUUUCUGCCACUUUUGCUCUGUCUGCUGUGGGUAGUGGUGCUGCUGCUGCCAGGGGGUUUGCUGGGACGAAAACCUUCCCUGCUGUUUCCAUACCUGACGCAGCAGGUUCGGCUAUUCACGCACCUGCAGGCUCGGACUCCCUUGCUGCUGCAAGUAGGUGUGUGGGAGGGCCAGUGCCUGGAGGUAAGGGAGGGAGGAAGGUGCGUGGAAGGUGGCAGGGGGAGAGGGGAGGAGAGGUCGCGAGGGAAGGGGAUGAGGACGGGGAGAGGGGGGAAGAGAGGGAGGAAGAAAGAGGGGACGUCCAAGGUGGGUAUAUUCCAUCAGUUGAGAAGGGUGCGAGGAAGGCGGAAGGGGAAGGAGAAAGAGGGGAGGCACAAGGGGGGUAUGCUGCUUUAGCAGCGAGGGGUGAGAGGAAGGGGGAGGCGGCAGAAGCACAAAGAGAGACGCAGGUAGAGCAGCUGUUCAGGGCAAGGGACGGGCGGGCAGUUGAAGCAGCAGGAGAGGAGCAGGGUCGUCUUAUGGGAAAUGGAAAAGGCAGAGGGGACACGUGGAGGAGAGGGGGGUAUGGGGCAGGAGUGCAGGAGGGAAGGCAGGAGGAGAGGCAGGAGGAGAGGAAGGAGGGGAGGCUGGAUGGAGUGGUGGGCAGGGUGGGGCCUUGCAUAGGGAGAACGGGAUAUGGAGUGCAGGAGAAAGGGCAGGAGGGACCGCAGGAGAGGAGGCAGGAGAAAGGGAAGGAGGUGUGGCAGGAGGGGAGGCAGGAUGACAGGCUGGAUGGCGUAGGGAGAAUGGGUUACAUGCGGUACGGAGUGGUUGAUGCUGCAGCGAUGGGAACAGAAGGGAGGUGUCUGGAAGAGCUGGGAGAGGGGGAAAGGAUAGGCUUGAGAGGUGGAGUGGGGCAGCUGUUACCAGAUAUGCAUAUGGGGCAGGAACGGGUGGGGCAUGAUGAGAGUAGGGAAAGAGAAGGCGAGAGAGCAGAUGGAGGGGGAAGAGGGGAACGAGGGGAAGGAUUAGAGCACGGCAGAGGAAGGCAGGGGCGGGUGAGGCAAGAAGGGCCGAGUGGGUGUGAUAAGAGGGAUGUGGUACGAAUCCUGUGUGAUGAGAAGGAGGAGGGGCGAGGGAAGAGAGCGAGAGAAGAGAAUGAAUGUGACGACGGUGUUGCUCCAAGGCAUGAGAGGGAGGAGGGGCGGGGGAAGAGGAGGGGGCACCGAGGGGAGAGAGACGGUGAGAGGCAGGAAAAGGACAGAGAGAGGAGGAUAAGGGAGAAGGAGCGGGCGGCGGUAGGAGGUUUGUUGCCAGAUGAGCAAUCUGCCAAGCUGGCAGCGCUGCGGAGGUGGCGACAGGACGCCGCCAGGUGGCGCGAGGAGAUUGGCUGGCAGGAGCGGAGCCUAGGGCUUGUUGGGAAGGGCAUGGGUGUGAGGCAGUUGAAUGGGGUGCGAGAGGGUGGAGAGGGAAGAGAGGAUAGAGUGGAUCGAGGAGGAGGGGGUGGAGAGGGGAUAGAGGGAGGAGAGAGAGGAGAGGGAGUAAGAGAGGGGGAUGAUGGAGAAAGGGCGGAAGGAGAGGAGGGGAGAGAAGGAGCAGGAAGGGGUAUGGAUGGUGGAGGAGAGGAAGGCUCUGCUGCCACGAAUACUGAUGCUGCUGCCGGUACUGGUGAUGCUGGUGCUGGUGAUGCUGUUGCCGAUGCUGCUGCUACGGCUACUGGUGCUCUUAGCAAUGCUACUGCCCUCCCCCCAACUGCAACCAGUGCCAGGUGCAUGCUCCUUCCCAUCCUGGAAAUCGGCUACCUGGCCCUGGGCCGGUCCCUCAUUGGCUGGAGCCCCCGCUGUGAUUUUUGCGGGCUGCCCGGCCACACCCUGUUGACUUGCGUUGAAACUCUUGACUCCGAAACCUCGGCUCUGAUUGGCCGGCUGGGUGCCAAGGGGGAAGUGGACAGGCGGGUAGAAGGGAGGAAGCGGAAGAGGGAGGAGGAAAAGAGGAGGAGGAGGGGUGGGAAGAGGCGGAGAGGGGGAGCGGGAGACGGGGAGGAGGGGCGAGGGAAGAGGGGGGAGAAGGAGGAAAGAGUGGGCUUGGGUGGUGUGAAAGAAGGAGCAGGGGACACAGGGGAAGGUAUUACAGCAUUAGGUGGUAUAGAAUCCUUAGGAGGAGAUAUUAUGGGGGAAAAGGAUUUUGUAGGUGGGGUUGGGGACGGGUUAGGUAAGACAGAGGAGUUGGGAGUGGUUGCAAGUCUGGCUGGAAUUGGUUCCUAUCUUCCCUAUGGAACCCCUCGACCUUCUUCUGUCCCGCUUGCACUUGCAAAGGCCCUGGGCUUAAAACGAGGACUGGGUGUACUGAACAGUAAUAGCGAAAGCGCUGGGCGUAUGUCGAGCUGUGGGGGGAACAGUAAUGCGGUUAUGGGAGCACUCUUUAGUGGAGCAGGUGUGGCUGGAGCAGGUGCUACUGAGAUGGGGAACUGUAAUGUGGGGGGUGGCAUUUCAACUCCCCAUGAGUUGGUGGGUGGUGGAGCAGGGAUGGGGAUGGGAAGAGGAGGAGGAAGGGGGUUCGAAUUUCUAGCCCCUCAUGACUUGGUGAUUGGUGGAGCAGCAGUGGGGGAAGGAAGAGGAGGGGAGGAUGUUGGGAAAGAGGGGGAUAAGAUGAGGGUAGUGGCUGAUGAGUGUGGGGUGAAAGGUGGGGAGAGAGAGCAGGAAGGAGGGCGAAGCAGCAUGAGGGGAUUGGAGGACGGGGAGGGGAGCAAGGAGGGAGGUAGUGAGGAGGAGGAAGUGGGGGAUGGGAAAGAGGUGGAGGAGGAGGAACAGGAAGGAGGGAUGUGUGUGGGUGGGCGUAUGGAGGAGCAGGAGGGUGGAGAGGAGAGAGUGAAGGGUGGGGAUGAGCGUAUGGAGGAGGAGGAAGGGGAGAAGGGAGGGGAGGAGGGAGAGGAUGCGGGCAGGACUGAUAACAGGACAGCAGGGGAGGAUGCUGGGGAGGAAGGAGUCGGGGGAGAGGGAGCAGGUGGGUCAGAGGGGGACGAAGGAGGAGAGGAUGAGAAUAAGGGAAUGGGAGACAAGGAUAAGGAUAUGGAGUCAGAACAAGACAAAGACGUGCCGACCCCCGUCUGCCUGUGGUGUCUGGCAGAAGGUCAUUGGGCGGCGGAGUGUACUGACCUGGCAAGAACCCGAGCGAAGCACGCGACCAGUAGCAGGGAGACAGCUGGCAGGGAGACAUCAGGUACGGGCCGGGCCACCACAGGCACUGGCAGGGAUACCACAGGUGCAGUAGCAGACACAGGAGCAGCUGGAGCAGUAGCGACAGCAAGAGAGGCAGCACUGGGAGGUGUAGCAGGCGAGGCGUUAGCACCUCCUUGUGCUGUUGCGCACGGCUUACCUGCAAGCGCAGGUGCUGCAGCAGCUAACCUGGCGUGUUUUGAGACGUCUCAAAACGGCUUACCUGCAAGCACAGGUGCUGCAGCAGCAGCAGACCUGGCAAAACGGGAGGCUGGCAGAAGCACUGAUGUGACCGGGAAACGGGAAGGUGAAGUUGGGGGCGCAUGGAACGCUCCUGCUGUUUUCCCAGGCUGGUUUGAUCUCUUCGACCCACAUGGCACAGCACAGGAAGGCAGCGGCUUGCCUGCUGCCUUGCUCGCUUCCAUCGAAUCGCUGCGCCUCUCCCGAAGGGAUAUUGUCAAGAUUCAAAGCCAUCCAGGUGUCAGAGAACGAGUGGUUGGCUUCUUCCUCCGCCUCCGAUUGGGAAAGAAAGAAGAGGAUUUGGGCGGCACGGGUUACCGCAUGGCCAAAAUUACAGGUGUUGUGCGCAAGCAAGCUGUUGAGUCUGUACCCUCAUCGGCUGAUUCGGGCGGAAUGGCGCUCACUGUAGAUAUGGGUGACGGGGAAUAUACUGUUGAGGUUGUUGAGUGGUGUAAAAAGAUAUGGCAGAAAGGUGGGGCCACGUUGCUUGCUCCUAUUCUGUGUGGCAAGGAUAUCGAGGCCAAGAUAUUGGUCCUUCUAGCUCUCUCUUUCAUCACUUUGACUGGUCUGUCUUUUGUCGAAAUCGAGGAGGACACUGUCGAGAAAGCGAUCACGCGACAGCUGAUGAGCGCAGAUGAAGACGAUAAGGGCGGCAAGGGAUCGAGCAACGACUUAGGCGUGCACCUCGCGAGAGACGAGGAGGAAUUACCGGAGCAGCUGAAGCAGCGGUCGCGCCAGUCCGACGGCGGGGAAACAGCGGAAGCGGGGGUAGCGGGGGGAGCGGGGGGCGGAGAGGGGGAGGAGGAGUCCGGCGGGGAUUCCGGCGAUCAGAGCGACUCGCUGCACGUGCACGUGCAUCUGAUCGCGUCGUGCGAUGUGGAGUCGGUGGAAGAGAGUCUUGACAUGCUGCAGCGUAAAGUUCUCUGGGACGAGCAUUACGUGCCGCUCACUGUCCUGCUGGACUGCCAUGCCCCAGCAGCUCUCUCCCGCAUGGCACCUGCACCAGUCGCUAACAGUCGACUGCCACAGCCCCCUCCCUCAUGGCACCUGCACCAGGCUUUGACCGUUGACUGUCAGUUCGUCUUCCCAACGCCCUGGGAGGAAAUACUCCUCUGGCGCCGCUCCUUCCCCAACACCUCCUUCACCCUCUCCUCCACCGUUUCCCACCUCAAAGACGCCGCCUUUGCCAUCUCAGCUGUAGCGGCUUCCCGUGACGGUUCUGUGAAUCUUCAGGGGAAGUUUCAGGGCCGGGGGAGGGCGGAUCUGGGGACGGAUUACUUCACCAGGACGUGCCAGGCGGAUCCGGUGCAGCAAAUACACUCGUUACUCGAUAGCCACGGGCGGUUUAAUCUGCUCGCACCGGACAUUAACGGGAGUAGCAUGUGCGUGUCGCUCGCACCAAUCAGGAAGCAGGAGGAGCGGGCGAAAGGGUUAGUAGCAGCCGCGGCCAAAGCGAAACGGAAACUGAACCCGAAAGAGGCUGCAGAGGUAGCAAAGGCGAAGAAAGCCAAGGAGGUGUUGCUUGCGAGACUGUUUGAUGAUCCUCAGUAUGCGCUAGGAAAGGAGAGCCCCCGGGUUGUUAGAGCGCUGGAGAAAAGCGCAGUAAGUGCCGACGCUUUGCUAAGAACGCCCCGAACGGACAUGUGCGGGCGGCCGGUGCGAAGGGGACUGUACGCUCAAGAUGUGAAAGGGCUCCGGAAAAUGCUGUCGGUGAUUCAGACGAAUAACACUGUCGUUGCCGUGAUGACAAGCGUAGGGUUUGCAGAUAUGCUCACCAACUGGCUGUGUUAUGUGCGAGAGCUAGGGUUUACGAAUUUCUUUAUUAUUACCACGUCGGCGAAACAGGCAUUAGAUUUGUUCGCCAAAGGGCACGCGGUGUUCCUCCUUCGGCCGUCAUUCAUUCACCUCAACUCCUCCCUCCCCGGCACCCUCUCCUCAUCUUCCUCUGCUGCUGCUGCUGCUGAAGCGGCUCACUUGAGAGCAGCGGCGUAUCUGCAGAGUGCGGGAGGGGACGGGCAGCAGCAGGGGUCGCAGCAGGAGCAGCGUGGGGGGGGGAAGGUGGGACGCACGUUGCUAGGGUUGGAGGGGGCAAGGGCAGAAGGGGACGGUUUGGUGGUGACUUUUGAGCCAACUCAAAAGUCACCUCGUUACAAUGGCACGCGCACGUUGCUGGGGUUGGAGGGGGCAAGGGCAGAAGGGGACGGUUUGUUGGGUGACUGGAUGGAAGGCAGACAUGGGAACAGACUGCUUAUGAGUGCUGGUGGCAGCGGUGGAGAUGGGUUUGGAGGGGUUGGAGGGGUUGGGGAUGGAGGGGGUGGGGAUGGAGGAGGAGGGCAGGGGGGGAGGAGGAAGGCCAAGUGGGGGUUCAGGCUGGUGGCAGCGGCUAAGGCGAUGAAACGGGCGGCAAGGCGGGUGGCGACUGCAUCUGCGCACGCGAUUGGUGGGCCCGAUUCUCAAGAUGGGGUACAAUGUGCCCUUGCUUCUAACAUCACUGUGUCUCCCCUUCAUCUCUCCCCAUCCCUCUCCACCCCUCCCCAUCCCUUCCCCACCUCUCCCCUCCUCCUACCACUUUUCCUUCCACCACCUCUACAGCUGCUGCUCAAGCGCACGCGAUUGGUUGGCUCAAUUCUCAAGAUGGGGUACAAUCUUCUGCUCAAGCGCACGCGAUUGGUGGGCUCGAUUCUCAAGAUGGGGUACAAUGUGUUGCUUGCUGACGUGGACGCCGUGUGGCUUUCCGAUCCGUUCGUCCACAUGGGCAACAAAUCCGUGGACAUUUACGGGCAGUUGGAGCCUUCUGGUCAGCUGUGCGGGGGUUUCCUCUUCCUGCGCUCCACGCCGCGUGUGGUAACCCUAUGGGACCAGGUUACAGGCCUGUACACGCGCACGUUCAACCGCAUGGCAAAGGAGGCUCUGUACAAGAAGCCAGAGGAGAUGGGCGCGUGGCUCAAGCAAUUCGAGCAUUUGCACGAGCAGCGGUAUCUGAACCAGCUGCUGGGGAAGCGGAGGAACAAGGUGCAGGUGCGAGGGCUGGACGUGCUAAAGUUUCCCAACGGGAAGGAGUUUUUUGUGCAGCGCGCGCCGCAGCAAGCAGAGGUGGCGCCUGUGGUGAUUCACAACAACUACAUCAAGGGGAAGAAGGCCAAGAUUCAACGUUUUAAAGAGUUCGGCUUAUGGCGAGCUGAUCCAAGUGGAACCUCUUGCCUUUGCCUCUCGUGCCCAUCGCAAGCUACCACCACACAAAAAGGAGCCCUGGGUAGACAUUAA